UAAGCCGUGUUACGGUGAUCAGCUUUUUGGCUGUGGGGCGUUUCACCCUUAUCUCGCUUCUUCGUAGAACAUAGGGUUCGCCUUCUGCGCAUGCCUGCGACGGCGUUUGGUGACGAGCAUCUAUGUCUUCGCGGGCACGGAAACAGUCACGUGGGCCAUUGCUUUAAACUCAUAAACAGCAAGAUUCCGGUACGCUCUUCUAUACUCGGCUUACAUAUCGCGGCGUUGUCGUAUGCGCCAUCAUUUUUUGUUCAGUUUUCUUCCAAGACGGUGGCCCGCGCCUGGCUUGGCUGCACAGUUCCUGCUGUCCGAUUCAGCUAGGAAACUGCGUCGACCGAGGCUUCGCUGCUCUCAGCAGAUGCAUCUACACGCGGUCAGCCAAAAGAGUGAAGAAUGGAGGCCUGCGAAGAACUGGCCAGCGUAACAUCGGAGGUCCAGGAGCAGUCUGCAGGGAGCAACUGCAGUAGCAGCAGCGAGCAGUCAAAUGCUGAGGAUGAUGAAUGGAGGCCAUGCCGCCGGAAGGCUGUCCGCCGUGUCAACCUUCAACGGUCGCAAGCCACCAAGCUGAUGUGGCAGCGCAAAAGGGCCGCUGCUCUUCUCCUCCAGCAGCAACUUGAGGGAAAUGCUGGACUUUUGGGGUCAUCAAGUGCCAGUGGUCCAGUUGGCACAAGUGCUACUUUGGACCAGCAAACAACAAGCAUAAGCCAAUCUAUGCGUGCACUCUCUGUGAGUGCAGUCUCGAAAUGCAAGUCAGCUACAACACAACUGCAGCCACCCACAAGGAGGCGCCGGUUUCCAACCAAAGCGACUGGUACAACAAGCAACAGCGGUGGCAGCAGGGCCAGUGGUGGCCUGGGCAGGACCAAGCGCAUGCCCUCUCUCAACAUGAGCUGGCAGCAGCGGAAGCUGGCUAAGCUUCGCCUGGCAAGGCUCAGGGCUCGUGACCCACUUUCUCGGGCUAUCUUCCGCCGUGACUGCGUGAGAUUUUCAAUGUGUUGGUCAGAUACCACACUGGGAUCAUCACUUGCUGGAAAGCCAUCUAUGAAGCCAAAGGAGGACAUCUCCAAAAACCAGAAAUCUGCUUCAUUUUUGGGGUUGAAGGCUUACCGCCACAUCAAUGCUCCUAGCAGUGCUGCUGGUAGUGCUGGAACAGUGGAAGAGCUGCAUACAAAUCAAGUGGCGGUUAACGGAGUGAGUACAAGGCCUGGUCUGGAGAGAGCAUGUCGCCCCAAGAUGUUCCAGAGAGAUGAAUCCUCCUCUUCAGAGGACUCCGAAGAUGAUGAAUCGGAUACUGAUGAUCCGGCUGAAAAAAUGUCCGACUCGGAUGCCGACGAGUUCAUGACAGAUUUCCCACCUGAGAGGCCAACAUUGCGACCAAAGCUUCUGCAGACUUCAAGGUCGCAACUCAGUCAAGCUGUGAAGCGGCAGUUUCGUCCAGCCCAAUACAGCACAAGCAAGACAGAAGCUGCCACCCCUGUGGUCAGGAAUGAAACGCCGAAAACAGGACCACGUCUGCUUUGUCGAGGCAACUAUGUUACUGAAAGUGAACUAUUGGCUCAAGGGCUCAGCGUGCCAAGCACAGUGAUUUGUGGCAACCAGCUCAAGCCAUUGGCCAGCAGCCAACGCAGGUCACUGGCAGCCAAGUUGCGCUGGGAACGUUGGCGUGCAUUGCAAGCGCAGGCGGCUGGUGGCAAAGUACAGGAAAAUUCUUGCAGCUUUGAACAAGAUGAGAGUCGGAGCAACUGCGUCUCCAGCAAUGGCUCUACAACAGCUGCUGCACCUGCGUUUGCACUGCCUGCAAAGCUGCGCUGGAAGCAGAACCCAGUGGAGCGCCAGGAAUACGUCAUGCCAGCCAAGCUGAGGCACAAGCAGGACAGGCUGCUGUUGUCAGCAGCCAAGGGCAAGAGCUGCAAUGUAGGCGCUGUAGUCAAGGUUGAACCUGGCACGUCAUCGGGAGGUCCAAUAGCAGCACCACCGCUUGUGGCUGCUGUUAAGACUGAGGCCAAGGAACCACCAUCGGAGCGACGUUCACGUGCCAAACGCUUGUGGUGGGAACAAAUCAAGCAGCUGGACAUAAGGCUGGCUGGUGGUGGAGGAGUAGGGGGUUGUGCCAUCACUGAGGAGUCUGUAGAGGAUCUUCUGAGCUCCUUGCCAAAAUUCUUGUUAGCAGAGCUUUUCCCUGACCAAACAUCAACAAGGAGGCGACGAAAGGUGGCUCUUCAACCAGAUGUGCCUGCCAAAACUGUUGUGCCCAGCCGACGGUCGCUUAUUAUGAAGGAAAACUGGCGCAAACGAAAGGAGGCCUGGCUGUCUGCUGCUGCGCAGACUUUGGCAGCUGCGUCUCAGCCUACAUGUGCAUCUGGCAGUGCAUCUGGCAGUGCAUCUGGCAGUGAUCCCCCAUCCCCUAACACAGAGAAGUGUGAGGACUCUGGGCCAACUGAGGAGCGCAGUCAGUAUCUGGCACGAUCAAUGGCACUGCUACGUUGUCGUCAGUAUCGGCAUGACUUAAUAGCUCAGGUGGACAUACAGCAGAGGUAUUGCAACCUGUGAGAAAACCCUGUUUCCCCUUCUUCCUCAUUGUGUGAACCCCAUUCAGGGCUCGGCCGCAACGCCACUACAAUGCACGGGGUAUCCACAUCAAGACCAACAAAGACGCCUGCGACUGCCUGCAGGACGAUUGCCCUGGCUGUCAUUUUCCCUGCCCCAAAUGCGGCUCACAAAAGUGUGGAGAUG